GCAAGUAGUAAGCUAUAAUAAAUUGAUAAUAAACAAUACAUUAUAUAAAAUGGAAGAUAAUAAGAAUAUAUUACGUGGACCUCCAUCUUUUAUAAAAGAUUCAAUGCACGAAAGUAUUGGAGAAUUACUUUUAAAUCAAUUGCAAGUACACGGAACUAGCGUUGCUCAGAUCAAUGCACAUACAGAAGAGCAACAAACACAUUUACAAAUUUUAAAUGCUAGUAAAAAAUUAGCAGUAUAUUUUAGAAAAAUAGGUUUAAAAGUAGAAGACCGUAUAGCUAUAUGUAGUGAAAAUAAUACACAGUUCUGCAUUCCUGUUUGUGCUGCAUUAUUUACAGGAAUCACAGUUUGUCCCUUAAACCCAAUGUAUGUUGAAAAAGAGUUCUCUCAUGCAUUGACGAUAUUGAAGCCCAAAUAUAUUUUUACAUCUUCAAUAGCAUUAAAUACUUUGGAAAAAGUUACUAAACAAUUACCUUUGCCACCAAAAUUAAUUGUCUUAACUAGCUCUAAGUGUAAUAAUUUACCUAAUAUGAAAGAUUUAAUAGCAGAUAUAGAUGUCAGUGAAGUCAACAAUUUUCAAGCCUGCAAAGUUGAUAUAAAUAACAAUGUAGCAGCAAUAUUGUGCUCUAGUGGAACUACAGGAUUUCCAAAAGGAGUUAUGUUGACCAACAAAAAUCUGUUAAUAGCAAUGAAACAUUUCUAUGAUCUUCAAAUGAACUCAAUGCAUAAAAAUGCUAUAGUAUUACAUCUAUUACCAUAUUUUCAUGCAUAUUCAUUUUCUGUGCUACUUGUUGGAUUAAUCAUGGGUUCCAAAUCCAUAAUACUUUCACGUUUUGAUGAAAAAUUAUUUUUACACACAAUAGAAAAAUACAAAAUUGAAACCUUAACUUUGGUUCCACCGCUUAUGGUUUUUUUGGCAAAACAUCCUAUCGUUAGUCGAUAUGACCUCUCCAGUAUAAAAACAAUAUGGUGCGGAGCAGCCCCUUUAUCAGAAGAAAUUCAGAAAGCUGUAGCAAAAAGAUUAAAUGUUCCUGACAUAAAACAAGGUUAUGGAUUAACAGAAACAACUUUGGCAGUAUUACGAUCAUCGCCUAAUUGCAAGUUCGGUAGUGUAGGAGUGCUGACUGCUGAUACUUUAGCAAAGGUAAUAUCUAUCGAUGAGCCUAAUUCAGAUAAACCAUUGGGAGCUAAUUGCAAAGGAGAAUUGUGUUUCAAAGGAGAUCUAAUAAUGAAAGGCUAUUACAAUGACAGUAAUUCAACAGACACGAUUAUCGAUAAAGAUGGUUGGUUACAUACAGGAGAUGUAGGAUAUUACGACGAAAAUGGAUGUUUUUAUAUAGUCGAUCGAUUAAAAGAACUUAUCAAAUACAAAGGAUUCCAAGUACCUCCAGCAGAAUUAGAGGCAAUUUUAUUAAAUUGUGAUGGAAUCAAAGAUGCUGCGGUUAUUGGAUUACCAAAUGAAGAAGCUGGAGAAUUGCCAUUUGCUUUUGUCGUUAAGCAAGAACAAAGUAGAAUAACAGAAGAUGAAAUAAUUCAAUAUGUUAAUGAAAGAGUAUCAAAUCAAAAAAAACUUAGAGGAGGUGUUAAAUUUGUUAAAGAUAUUCCAAAAACUGCAUCUGGAAAAAUAUUACGCCGAGAAUUACGUGAUAUGAUAAAGUCUAAAUUAUAAAAGACCAAAAUUUUUCGACAAAGGGAAUAUUCUGUCAAUAAUACUUGUCAAAAUUUACAAUUUUUAUUAAAUAUGGUAAUAGUACUACCAUACAUUUUUAUAUCAAAUUGUGUAAUAUUGACAUUAUUGUAAGACAAUUAUUCUAGUCGCAUAAAUAAGAAUUGUAUAAGUA